AAACCCACCAAACCCUCCCAUAGCGUGAGGGAUUGCUUCAACGCGGUAUAAAAACAAGACAAGCUAAUGCUGAGACUGAUUAAGUAACAUAUUUCACGUGACGGAGGAAAACGAUUAUACUUCAGCAAUCCAUCGUACAGUACUCUAGAUUCUAGUAUAUAAUCAGUCGCUUGUGGGCCAGAUCUUUAGUGGGGGAAAAAAAUAAAUGUCAGGAUGCAAAAUGAUCAACACAGCUGUAUUUUUGGUGUAUUAUUUGUUCGUCGAAAACGUCUUGGGACAAUGUGAUUCACCUCCUUCAAAGCCCAAUGUCCUCCUUAAAGCCGCCUAUGUAAAACAAUAUGAAUUCCCGAACGGAGCUAAAGUUGUGUACUCGUGUGAGCCUGGCUAUCAACGAACAGCUGGACGGCCUUGGAUUACCUGCCAUAAAACGGUGUGGUCAGAACUGACGCUGGAGUGUGAAGCCAAGUCCUGCGGCAGCCCAGGAGAGGUACUGAAUGGACACUUUGUGUAUGAGGGCACCCAGUUUGGAGAUAAGGCCAGUGUUGUUUGCCAUGAGGGGUACCAGGUGGCAGGCAGGGACUACAGAAUGUGUCUAGACAGGGGCUGGGAUGGACAAGUUCCUCUGUGUGAAGCUGUUAAGUGUCCAGACCCUCCAGAGAUUGUGGAUGGUGAAAUCAGGAACCAGCUUUCAGGAAAUGUGCAGUAUAACGCAGUUGUAAUCUACCAGUGUACAAAAGGUUUCUUGAUUGGAAGCAGGGAACUUGUUUGCACCUUGCAUGGGAACUACAGCAGCCCGCCGCCCCAGUGUAAAGAGAUUAGCUGCCUGAACCCAACACUGCCGAACGGCAGGAAGACGGCAGGAUUUGGCUCCGAUUAUAAAUACAAAGAUUUUGUUAGUUUUGCUUGCAAUGAGGGAUUUGAACUCCUCGGAGAAAACACUGUUACCUGUGAAGAAAAUAGUGAAUGGCACCCAAAAAUCCCAACAUGCAUUCCCCUUAAAAGGAUGUGUGACGCACCUCCUCCACCUACCAAAAAGACUGCUACAUUAAAGCCGGGGUACAUUGCAAAGUCGGAAUAUCGACCAGGUGAUCGUGUGUACUACGAUUGCAAACACGGAUUCAGAAAAGAUUUGUCUAAGCGGGACUAUAUCGAGUGUAGUAGAAAAGAUUUGACUUGGACCCCACUCAGAUUGCGCUGCAUACGUGUGUUGUGCAAGAGACCUCCAGAGAUUAAGAGAACAGACAAGAUCAGAGGACAUGUGGGAGACCUUGUGUUCUACAACUGUAGUCAAAAGCAACUGUCUAAAUACAUGCAGUGCGAAGACUCUGGGGAGUGGAGCAACCCUUCCGAGUGCAAUGUGUGGUGCAGAAAGCAUCCCCCUGCCGUCCUCAAUGCAAAGCCACAGAUGACAAAGAAGGUCUUCCACAAGGAGGACAGAGUGCACUACGAGUGUGAACCAGGGUACACGAGAGACAUCUCCACCCUGGCCUAUGUGACCUGCAGUCAGGAUUCCAGAUGGACCAGACCCACUCUGGUCUGCAGCCCUACAGGAUAAAUAAGUCAUUUACACAGAACUGAAAACUGGCAAUGUUGGUCUGCAGAAGGCUAAAGAACGAUUUUCUCCGAAUGGAUGAUUGAAGCUUCAAGAUUGCACAGAAAAAAAGCCUGUCCACUGUUUCUCUGCAUGGAAAUAUCAUGCAGGAAUAUGAGUCACAUGUUGUUUUAUAACCAUUCUAUUUUUUUAAGGCUUAAAUGCAUUUAUGGGAAAGAUGUAGAGAAAGAUACAAGUUUGACAGUUGUAUGCCUAUUUAUAUUUCCUUAUACAUUAAACAUUUCAUACUUGCUGCAUUUUUCCCUUGUAUCAAAUAAUGACAUUUAAUAUUAUUUCUCUAAACAUUCAUCCCUUUGUUCAUUUUAUAUGAUGUGGCCAAGGGUAAUUGACAAUCAUUCAUCCAUUUACCACUUGGCCACAUAACACACUUUUCAAUUCAUCAAUAAAACACAAUUAAACAAUUUAA